GGAGCGGCGAGUCCCUUCGGUAAAGGACGUCGGAGGCCUUUUGGUCUCAACCCGCAUCCGCACCGGAUCAAUUAUUCCCCACUGCGGUGUGUCACUUGGGCUCACCUCACCGGUCACACUCCUAACGAGCGGCUCAAAAAUGCUCUACCCGUGCUUGACGUGAAGUAUAUAUCGCUCCCUUCGUCUGUCGUCUGACAGCAACGUAUUUGUAAAGCGCAGACCUGCCGAUUCUACACACAUCCCUAACACGAGGCACUCGAGUGAGCGUUUGUUUACGUCGCCAUUUCCAAGAAGAACAGAAGACGAACUCGAAAUCACCACGAUCGAGAGGAGAAGAGAGGGACAAGAGACCCUGAAACCUAGCAACACGAGCAAGAGCUUGGGCUGCAGACAUGCGCAUAUGCCGAAGCAAGCGUUCCAAUAUCUCUCCCACCGUCCCGUCAGCCAGUACGCAACCUCAACCUCAGCCUCAAUCUCAACCGAUGUGCUCUGGUUCGGAUUAUGAUUCUGCCGCCGAAAGCCACACUGUCCGCAUAACCAGCAUCGAUAGCUGCAGUGGGUGUGCGUACAUUGGCUGUGACUCUCGCCGGCACGGCUCCCGCGCGGGACGACAUCGUCAUCAUCAGUGCGCCGCAUCCCCAGUUGGAUUGCUGAUUAGUGGAAUGACACAAACAAUGCGGAGUCUUCAGGCCAUGAACGAGCAGGAGAGGAUUGCUAGAGAGCAAACUGAGAGGGGGAAGGAUCCCAAAGAAAUGGAAAGCAGUGACGAUGGGAAGGACUUCGAAUCGACACGGGAUAUGGACGGAGAGAGUGAGACUGGAAGCGAACUUGAGGGGGCUGAUACAGUUUCAAGAAGGAAAUACGAGCAACAUCUGGAGGACAACCCUGGAAAGGACUUGCCUGGCUAUCAGAGUGGUAUGGCAGGCACCUGAGAGAAGUCGAGACGCCCGGCUGUUGACUGAGAGCUGAGCUCGAUUUGUCAACAUUCGUUCAGCCUGUAUAUUGCCGCAUAAGGACCCAGUGUGUGUCCAAGGGCAAACGGUUCCACGUCCCUGCGGUGGAUCGUCCUGUAAAAGGCUUAGAGCAGAUCAAGAUACCCCAUGUACAAGUAACAUGCUUGAAAGAUCGCUGAAACUUUUCA